CUACUGGCCUCAGGACCUCAGUUCCCACACCGACUCAUGGGGCUCAUGAUUUUGUUUCCAACACAGCCAUCUCCCAGGUCCCACUCAGCUCCACCCGUGAAGAAGACGGGCCUGCAGGCGGCGCUCCUGGAGACGCUCGUGGACCUGGUGGACAGGAGCUGGGGCGGCUGCAGGUCUCUGCAUAGCAACGAGGCAUUCCUUGCUCAGGCAAGACACAUUUUGUCUUCUGUUGAAGAACUCACCAUAGCCCAGGAUGGCUCCACGAUGGUGGGUGAAGACGCCGGCUCCCCGGCUCUGGAGAGCAAAUCCCUGCAAAGCCGCCUUGCAGAGCAGCGGCAGCAGCACGCCCGGGAGAUGAGCGAGGUGACGGCGGAGCUGCACCGCGCACGCAAGGAGCUGAAUGAUUUGAGACAACAUUUAGAUACAUCUUUAGAAGAGAAUAGUGGCUUAAAAUCGCUUUUGUUCAGUAUGAAAAAGGAGGUGAAAAAUGCAGACGCUGCAGCUACAUUAAAUUUGCAGAUCACUGGUAAGUUUGUUUGGUAGGACAGCGUAAAAUGU